AUGGACACGCGCGCCGAAAUGGCAAAGCUCCUGGGCAUCCAUCUGGAGGGCUGCGCCAUCGACUCCCUGAGGGAGACUGCCAUGGCCCUGCUGGUGGAGGCCGAGGACAUCUUCCAGGGUGAUGAGCGCGAGCUGUGGGAGCUGUGCCGCGCCAUGGGGCAUGCCAUUGGAGCCGAGCCCGGCGAGGCAGAGACCCCGCAGCAGGCGGCCCACGGCGUCGUGGAGCUGGCCAGGGUGGUGCUCCGCGGGGGGGGCACAGCAGGAGCUGGAGGACCUGGAGCAGGCCGCCGACAUGCUCCGCGCCGCGCUGAGGGGCAUGGAGGCAGAGAAGGAGGGCGAGGACGGCGCCUCUGA